AUGGCUGUCAUCCGAAAGGGUCAUAUUCAGAACAUUUUUGCUGAGCUCGUGUGCGCUUUGGGGCAGAUCAGAGUCAUGACACCACGUUUCAGACCUGCACAGCAGGGUGGUGACUGGUGCUGCCGACCAACACAGGCAACAUCAGAAAAGGACCAGACUGUGUGGAACUUCUCACUUAAAGUCUUCCAGGAAAAACCUUACUGUCAGAAAGCGUAUCUUGGUAUUUUACCGAACCCUCCAUGCUUCAGUUUAAACUCCCAUAUUCUGUCCUCAAAGAAGGUGAAGGCUUCUGUGCCCUCAGCCCUGCAGACUCACCACUUUGAAGCUGCAGAGGUGUUUUUCCGGCAGAAUCAGGAAUUGAAGGCUAUGGGAUUCAAACAGUGUAUCCAAGUUCACACAGAAAGAGACGGAUUCAUGAGUCAAGUUCCCUGUGUUGGGCAAACUGGCUGGUUGUACCUCUGAACCUUGCCAGACCCCGUGUUUGAGGGCGACAUCCUGACUCUGCAGUGCCAAGGAUGGAAGAACACAGCCCUGUCCCAGGUCCAGUUCUACAAAGACAGGAAAUUACUCCACGACCCGAAGGCCAAAUGGUUUCUGCCCAUGGGGACAGCAACACUGGAAAGCAGUGGCCAGUAGAGCCGCACUGGGAAGGUGACCUUCAUCCCACAUCUGGGCGCAUAAAGGUCAGAGAUGACCACGGUUCAAGUCCAAGAGCUGUUCCCGCCUCCAGUGUUGAGCGCUGUCCCUUCUCCCGAGCUCCAUGAGGGGAGCCCGCUGACCCUGAGAUGCCAGACGGAGCUACACCCCCAGAGGUCGGCCUCGAGGCUCCUCUUCUCCUUCCACAAAGAUGGCCGCACCUUGCAGAACUGGGGCCCCCACUCAGAGCUCUGCCUCCGAAGCCGGGUGGGAGCCUCUGGGCUUUACUGGCGCCAGACCAACCCUGAGGGUAGCAGGGUCCAGAAACAGAGCCCCCAGCUGAAGGUGAGGGUGCAAGGUCCUGUGUCCCAGCCUCUGCUCACCCUGAGACCCAGGUCCACUGGCCUUGCUGUGGGGGAUGUGGUGGAGCUCCUCUGUGAGACCCAGAAUGGCUCCCCUCCAAUCCUGUACUCAUUCUCUGACGAGAAGAUCCUGGGGAACCACUGUGCUCCCCAUGGAAGAGCCGCCUCCUUCCCCUUCACUGUGACGUCAGAACAGGAUGCUGGUAGCUACUCCUGCCAGGCCGAGAACAAUGUCUCCAAAGAGACAAGUGAGCCCAAGACACUGUCCCUGGCUGGUCCUCGGGGCUUGCCUACCCUCACCAGCAGCCCCUGGCUGGUUCCUUGUCUAUCUGUGAGCCUGCUUCGUGUGCUGGUCAUCGCCACUGCAUUGAGGGCUUACUUCAGACCCUGGGGAAAAACUGGGCCCCUCCCAACCCAGAAUCCACCCCCAGCCCCAGGUGGAGAGCAGCACCCACUGUAUGGCAAUGUCACUUGGCCGAAUGACAAUGAGGAAGAUGAUAUUUACUCUUCAGUGAAUAUAGUCCCAAAGGAGAGUGAAG